CUUUGAAAUGCCGAUGAGUCAAAAUAGUCUCUCGCUCUUAUCUGGCCUUCGUCCCUGAUUUAGUCUGACACCCUCUACCAUGCCCAACAUCAACGACGUGAAGUGUAUGCUGAUCAUAGGUUCUACCUCUGGCUUGGGACGUGCUCUCGCGCUUAGCAUCCUCGAUCUUCCUUCCAAGCCCACCGUCAUAGUCUGCGGCCGCCGCCAAGAGAGACUUGAUGAAUUAGUAUCUUCUCAUGGCGCAGACGGGAGACUGAGAGCAGUUAAGCUCGACGUGAACACCGACCGCCAAACCUUGAAAGCCGCCAUCGAUGAUAUCACCAGGACCUAUCCUGAUUUUGAUGCAGUCAUGUUUUCCAGUGGUGUCCAGUGCGGUUCCGAUUUCUCCAAGCCAGAGACUAUCGAUCUUGACGGCUUCUUGACCGAGAUCCACACAAACUACACCUCCGUGCUGAUGAUGAUAACCUUCUUCCUUCCCCACCUCAUUUCACUCGGCGAGAGCGGACGACCCACCUUUUUGUACACAAUCUCUUCCGGUCUCGCUAUAAUGCCAUCGCCUUCCGUCGCUAAUUAUAGUGCCGCGAAAGCUGCGAUUCAUAGUUUGAGCAUGGCGCUUAAUGUGCAACUCAAAGAAAAGAAUGUGCACGUGGUAGAAAUACUGCCGCCCCUUGUGGAGUCUGAACUCCAUGAUGGCCAAGGGACAACGGAGAAAUUGUCCAAAGUUUGGAUGCCGUUGACCGAGUUCACCAAGCUUACCAUGGAGCAACUGAUUACGGAUGCGGCCCAAAUUCCAAUUGGCAUGGUAGCCCAUCUCUAUCAGCAGCAUGAGGCUGGAAGAAUGGAAGCGACAAAUAAAUUUUUUGAAUUCCAGAAAGCCCAGAUUAACCAGUAGUAGAAACGAGCGGCGCUUGUGGAUGUCGUCUGUGGGAGCUUGAAGUAGAAAUUAUGUGGGAUUU